GGGAGAACAACUGAACUCCAUCCGUUAGACCUCAUUAGCUUCGUCCUGACUGAGCAGAGCAGACUCUGCUUCUUCUUCUCAGACAAGAUACACAAACAGGAUCUCCACAAAGAAAGAAGAAAUUCCUUCAUUUUGUGAAGGUUCGUUGCUGUUUCCGGAAUGAGAUCCAGAAAAUCCAUGAUGCCUCUUAGGUUCACUCUGCUGCUGGUGGCGUUCAGUCUGACGAGUCUCGACCCGGUUGGUUGCCACAGUAACUCCACGUCGGACUCACCUCUGCCAAAUGCAAUGAAGUCCAGUCUGCCUGAUCUCCACGGCACCGCCUCGCCCACUCACAUCCAAGAAAACAAAGACCCUCGUCUUUCGCAGGUGACCGUGAAGGAGUCCUUCCCGUUGGUGAAGCUGCUGCCCUCAAGCAAGAAGAAUCACAAGCACGAACAAGCGUUUAGAUCCAACUCCUCUCUGCCGGUCAAAAUGCGCCCGAUGUCUCCACCCAAGUGCCUGAAGGACAUGACAAUAGAGACGACCUUCAAGUACAUCAACACGGUGCUGUCGUGCGUGAUCUUUGCCGUGGGGAUCAUCGGCAAUGCCACCCUGCUGAGGAUCAUCUGUCAGAAUAAAAGCAUGAGGAAUGGACCCAACGCCCUCAUAGCCAGCCUGGCCCUCGGGGACCUGAUAUACAUCGCGAUAGACAUACCGAUCAACGUCUACAAGCUCUUGGCCAUGCAGUGGCCCUUCGCCGACAGCCCCUUUGGUCUGUUCCUCUGCAAGCUGUUUCCAUUCCUGCAGAAAGCUUCAGUCGGCAUCACAGUCCUCAACCUGUGCGCCCUGAGUGUGGACAGGUACCGUGCGGUGGCGUCCUGGUCACGGGUGCAGGGCACCGGUGUUCCCACGGUGACGGCGGUGGAGAUUGUGGUGAUCUGGCUGCUGUCCAUAGCGCUCGCCGUGCCGGAGGCUGUCGGCUUCAACAUGGUCAGCUUCGACUACAAGAACAGAACCAUAACGACCUGCAUGCUUCAACCGACGACGCCCUUCAUGACCUUCUACCGGGAUGCUAAGGACUGGUGGCUGUUUGGCUUCUACUUCUGCGUCCCUCUGCUCUGCUCUGCUGUUUUCUACGGCCUCAUGACCUGUGAGAUGCUCAGACACGAGAAAGGAAGUCUGAGGAUCUCGCUGAGCGAACACCUCAAACAGCGUAGAGAAGUAGCUAAAGCCGUCUUCUGCCUGGUGUUGAUCUUCGCCCUCUGCUGGUUUCCUCUGCACCUGAGCCGCCUGCUGAAGUGGACCAUCUACAAGUCCUACGACGCCCACCGCUGUGAACUCUUAAACCUCCUGUUGUGUCUGGACUACGUCAGCAUCAACAUGGCGACCGUCAACUCCUGCAUCAAUCCCAUAAUCCUCUUCUUAGUCUCCAAGAAGUUCAAGAACUGCUUCAAGUCCUGUCUGUGUUGCUGGUAUUAUUCUGGUUCUCUCUCCAACAGUUUGCUUCCUCUCCAUCAUGGGACGAGUCUCCAGUACAAACACACUGAGCACUGAGACGCAAAGACACAUGAUGUAUAUAAAAUAUGUUCAUUAUAAUAUAAUAUAAUAUAAUAUAAUAUAAUAUAAUAUAAUAUGAUAUAAUAUAAUAUAAUAUAAUAUAAUAUAAUAUAAUAUAAUAUAAUAUAAUAUAAUAUAAUAUAAUAUAUGUGGUGACGACCUCAUGACCUCCAGGAUUCUUCGUGUUUUCCUCCAUCCAGCCGCUCUGGGAUGAACUGCCGCUGAGAGCGACCUCUAGUGGUCGGAUGAACAACAGCAGCAGCGACUUUGAGUCUUACUUUAUAUUAUUUAUUAUCUCACAUCCUGUAACAGUCGGAACGAGUUGUUUUAAAGAGACUGAAAUCACAUUUAUCUUUGAGUUUUCUUUGUUUUUGUGUUUUCGCUUAAGUUAAAUGUAAAUUAUACUUGUCAAUAAAACUUUAUCCACUAA